CUUGGGUUACACUCUAUGUCUGUCUUCUUCAUAGAUUGGAGACCCAUGAACAGGUCAGCAACACAGGUGACUGAAUUUGUUCUCCUCGGAUUCCCUGGUUGCAGGAAGAUACAGAUUUUCCUCUUCUCGUUGUUUUUGGUGGUUUAUGUCUUGACCUUGCUGGGAAAUGGGGCCAUCAUCUGUGCAGUGAGACGUGACCCACGACUACACACUCCCAUGUACUUUCUGCUGGGAAACUUUGCCUUCCUUGAGAUCUGGUAUGUUUCUUCCACUGUUCCUAACAUGCUCGCCAACAUUCUCUCCCAGACCAAGGCCAUCUCAUUUUCUGGGUGUUUUCUCCAGUUCUAUUUCUUCUUUUCACUGGGCACAACUGAAUGUCUCUUCCUAGCAGUGAUGGCUUAUGAUCGGUACCUGGCAAUCUGCCGCCCACUGCACUACCCUGCCAUCAUGACCGGAAGGCUCUGUGGCAUGCUAGUGUCUUUCUGUUGGCUCACUGGAUUCCUUGGAUACCCAAUCCCCAUUUUCUUCAUCUCCCAACUACCCUUCUGUGGCCCUAAUAUCAUUGAUCACUUCCUAUGUGACAUGGACCCACUGAUGGCUCUAUCCUGUGCCCCAGCUCCUAUUACUGAAUUGAUCUUUUAUACUCAGAGCUCCCUUGUCCUCUUUUUCACUCUUACAUACAUUCUUCGAUCCUAUACCCUGUUACUCAGAGCUGUUUUUCGGGUCCCUUCUGCAGCUGGCCGGCAAAAGGCCUUCUCUACCUGUGGUUCUCAUCUGGUUGUGGUGUCUCUCUUCUAUGGGACAGUCAUGGUAAUGUAUGUGAGCCCUACAUACGGCAUCCCAACUUUGAUGCAGAAGAUUCUCACGUUGGUAUAUUCGGUUAUGACUCCUCUCUUUAAUCCCCUGAUCUACAGUCUUCGUAAUAAGGACAUGAAAUUUGCCCUGAGAAAUGUUCUAUUCGGAAUGAGAGUUAGUCAAAAUUCAUGAGCCAAAGAUGUGCCACACUUACAAGUUCUGAUGUAGAACAAGAUGG